AUGAAGAAUAAAGAGGAAGGGAUUCAACAGACAAAUAAUAAAAAAGAAGAUAUAAUUCAUCCUAUAAUGCCUAAACCAUUGUUAGAUGAUAUUAGGUCUUCCACUGGUCAUAUUCAAAUUAACGAGUCAAAAGAUAUAAAUGAAGUUGAACCUUCAGCACAAUUAACUCUAUCACAAAAAGAAGCUCAACUAGGAUGUCAAAAAAUGGUAAUAAGUAAACCCCAAACUCAAGAAGAGUCUAUUCCAAAAUCUAUUGGUAAUAAUUCUAUUAUUAACAUUGUUCAUGUUCAAUGUUGUGAUGAUACAAACACAAAUAAAAGUUCUAUUCCAAUACACUCAACCGAUACUUCUAUAGAACAGAGUAAUGGCAUUAAUAUUUCAGGAAAUCAACCUAAAACAGUGAAACUAAGUAAGGAAAUUCACAAAUCACCUAAUAAAAAAUUACCAGUACCACCUCAGAAAUGUGCUGAUACACAAUCAGUAGAAUAUAAGGAGUUACCACCACCUCCUUGUAUUAUUCUUUCUUCUCAACAACUAGAAGAUGGAACUUCACAAUCCCCACCACCAGUUCCACCAAGAAGAUCUCCUAAGCCUAAGCCAUGUAGUUAUGCACCUCCAGCUGAUUUUGCUUGA